UGGACGCCGCACGGAGAACAUCGCGGUGUCGCUUAUCGUCGCGCGAAAGCUUCCUGCAUCCGGCAUUGGUGGAGCAAACGCAUAGUUAUGUCGGACGAGUAGGCGAAGGAACGCAACGGUGGCGAUGAAAAAUCGGGAAAUUGUCUCGGUGGUAAAGGUGCGAUUUGGGGAGACGUUGGCGGUUUGUAAAAUUUAAUCCUUCUCGGUGGUGAAUUUUUGAAAAACGUUCGACGGUGCGUUUAUCCUAUAUGUGAUGGUGUACAAAGACACGGGGUAACUCGCAAUUUGUCUACGAUUCAACGGUUGUCUGAUAACGUGUGCGUGAGAAUGGUGGUAGGGAAAAUAAAUACUAGUGAUCGUCGGUUUUGUUGUUACGGAAAGUGGCGAUGACUGUGGACGAGGCGUUGGGUAAUUAAACUUAAAUUUCAGUCAAGUGCGGUGUCGUCUCAUCCUCUGAUUGUCAGUGAUAAUCUCGUGUAAAUCGAGGGAGGUAAGAGCGAGGAACGCAAUAAUUUCGUGCGGUGUUAGCUGAGUUGUGUUGUGUUGAUUCUGCGAAUCGAUGACCUCUCAAAGUCUGUUUUGAAUAAUGCGAAGCAAACCAUUCUUCGAGUGUACGUAAUAAACACGUGUGUAGGACCUGCGCAAGGUGUGUUCGCGUGUGCGUGCAAGUCGCUGUUCAAUCGUAAUUAAAUUCAUUGGUUUCAACAAUAUUGGUUUUAAUCGGUGAUCGCGGUGAUUUUCAAGUAUCGAACAACGUUCUUCGUCACGAUCGGACCCGAAUUUACCUGAAGGUACUUCACGCGUAUCAUUCAACCGCGUGAACGUAGCAAUUGUACGGUGGAACUUGUUCGUCAAUUGUUUGAUCGGUUCGGGUGGCUGUCUUCUCUUCGUCAGCAAUCUGCUCGACCUGAGAAAAGGGAUCGCGGAAACGUUUUCAACCGACGGAUAUACGUUCGGUAUCAAAUCGUCACACGGAUAUCCUGCAGGUGAAUUGUUGCUACCGCAGGAGAGAUCGUUGCAGAGAAACACUGUUUCCGCAAAACUUCGAAACAAGGUGCUGCUGUCACCAAAGAUGCUAAUACUUCAAACUAAUUACCCGGAAGAAGCUCCCUUAAAACUUUAGACGCGCAACGUCCGUUGGAAAGGGAGAAAAUGUCGAUGACAGGCAGCCUGAUGGGCUACGAAAAUAACAACGAAGUGAACCAAGCCAAGUGUAAAAAACCAGGACUCAAACCACUUCCGGUGGUUUCCAGCAUUAAUUCCAGCGGCGUCACGACCACGAGCAAAUCUAAGAGAAAUCGAAACCCACCGAAAAAUGAAUGCUGCACUCGCGGGCACGUCAACAGCCUUUGGUCCGUCUGGUACGGUAUCGGAGCUGUCGCCAUUCAAGCCUACAUUGCGACGAGAUGUGCGAAAAGAAUUAUUGCCUACCUUUCCCUUCCGUGGCCGCCGGUGGCGCCUCCUCCGAAGCUGGAACUCCACGCUUGCCUGAUCCUAGCUGGAACCGGGGUUCUGCUUCUCCCGAUUCUCCUCGCCGCGGCUUUUUUCAAGCUUGGAAAUCUUGCCAACGACGGGAUAAAGCUUGGCCGUCAUCUAAGCGCCUGUACCAGAGACCCACCCUCGUCGCUGAUCAAUAACAAUCAGGAUAAUGGUCUUGCUACUAAUCUCUGGAGACACGGAGGACCGACGGCAGCGUUCAUCCACCUCUGUACAGCGAUGUGCUUCCUGCUUCCAUCCCUCCUUAUGGAAGCCAGACUGAUCCACGCCGGCUUUCUCCCGAAAGAAGCCAUUUGGCGCACUGAUCUGGACUGGGUUGUGGUUCACGAAGACCGACUGGUGGUCCUGAGCUUCAUGAAUCCUCCUGGCAACCUAAGUACGCUUUCGGGCUUCAUAACUCCCCAGCCGUACGUGACGUCAACGUUUCUUAACGAGGAGAGGGAGAGCAUCAUCGCCUCGACAACGGAGAUACCGAAAACCGAGGAAGCCGGCGUCACUAAUUCUGAAAAGGGCUCUACCAUAAACAUGCUCGACGCUCGCCGCGCGUUUACUAAACCCAACGACUUUUUACUUGCAUUGAAUAAAACCACCGUAUCGUACUUCAACCACUCGACGUCGACGACUAUCGCCGCGACCAGCUCGAUCACUCCAACCACAAUCGGCACUCGGGCAACGACCGUAAGGACCACCAAUCAGACAACGGUGACUACGGCUCCGACACUCACGACGAAAUUAACAACGAAAGCAAGCGUUUCUCCGAAGCGAACCACCGUCAAACUCGCACCGAAAAUCGGCAACGUCAAACUGAAAACGAAGCAAAAGGUCACCGCCAAAGUAGCUACCACCAAACCCACCAAACCCACCAAACCAACCAAGGGUAACAUGACUGCGGAAAGUCUGACGUUGACCAUGAACAGUCUUUCUGAUCUGGACCAUCUGGAAAACGUGAAUGUAGAAUUCGAUUCUGAUGAAUCCCACGGCCCGAUCACAUUAGAGUACUUAAACUACGCAAUGGCUCUCGCAGUGUAUUCUGUCAGAUAUCCCGCCGUCUUUUGGUCUUGCAACAAGGCUCUUGGAAUGAUAUUCAGCCUUCAGCUGCUCGCCAACUCUGCACAGAGUUUGCUGGCCUACGCGGGAAUGUCGGUGCUUUACAAGGUGCAGGUCGUGGGGGCUUUGAAGGUACUGCCGAUGCUACGGCAUCGUACCAUCUUGCCGACGAGCACGAUUUCAACGUUUCUCGGAGAUUCCUACUUCCUGCUGAACCCACACGUGACUUUGGCUCUCUUCGCGCUCUCGUCCCUCCUCGUAUUGUGUUCGAGCAUGGUGAUGUACCUCUACGCUCACGGCAGGUUCACAGCGUUCUUGAACCAGGAACGCGAACGCCGUGUAAUACUGCUGAAGGAGGGUCGAAACGGUAACGGAUGGGGUUAUUUCACGCACUGCGUAGCGCUCUGCGUCUUCCUGGCGAUAGCUAUUUGCAGUGCGCCCCUAUUGUACGACUACACGGUAGUCUAUCGCGGAAGUCUCGAUGGCGCGGUACUUGCCUGCAUCGCCGGGACCGUGCUCCACCUAUUUCUGUGGCUGGUCCUCUGGGUAUUUCUUACAAUAAAACAGAAGUGGGUUUUCAAACUCAGAGUAACCAUUGGCAGGGCAACGGUUCGAUCUGCACGCUCUGUGAAACUUGUCACAGACGUCGACCUCCUCUCUGCCAGGGACGAAGAGGAGGGAACGAACGCUCCUCUCCUGGUCGUUGGUAACGGAAGAACUUACACCAUCGCUGACACUUCGCCGAAGAAGGCGAUCAUGAGUGUCAUUCAGAAGGCUGCGAUGGAACGGAAGGCGCGCGCCCAAGGAGGUAACUCCGACUCCGUUGACGGCGAGUCGAACGCUGACGGUGAGGAGCAGAUAUACUGGUUGAGACCAAAGCUUCGACCAUCUCCGGCCCAAACUCCAACCGAUGCAGACUCUGGUGCUCAGAUCGGGGACAAGGGGUGGCUAAACAAAAAGUUGAAGCCGAAAGUCACCUUCAACGACCUGCCCAGUACGUCCGGCGCGCGUAAUAAGGGAAAAGCCAGACGAGGUGUCGGUGACGGUGGACCGGAUGAUGAUGGGGACUACGCAACGCUACGCGAACUCCCACUGAUGUCUGGUCACGAUCCAGCGGACGAUUCCAACUCCGAAGAGAAUAAGUGGGGAAGAUGGCUGCUACCUCGUAGCUGGAGCAAUGCGCCUAGAAUGGUGGAUCUGCUGGAGUGCGUGAACGACGACCAUGUGACAUACUAUGCGAGCGGUAAUCGCGACCUGCAGCCCUCGGAAGGAGAUCCAUCACCCCUCUUGACUCCUGAGCCUCUUCCCGACCCACCGCCGCUUCCAAUUCCCUUGCAGCCUUCGUCGCCGAAUACCACUAACAUAGCACCUCCUACGGAGGUCGUCACUGCGCCAUUGAACAGUAACCCGCAGAUGAACGGUGGACAAACACCGAGAUGUCUGCGUCGGGCAGACUCUGGGAUGCCCCACGAGGAGUUGACCCCGAGAUCGGAUUUUUCAAACUCACCACCGCUGGACGGUUCGACGGUACACAGCAACACGAGCAGCCAGAGCGAAACGUCGAGCGGCGUUCACUCGAACGCUAGCAACGCUAGCAACGCUAGCAACGCGAGUAACGCGAGUAACGCGAGCAACACGAGUCAAUCUAGCUCGCAACGUCGCGCAACGAGCGUCGACGACUUGACAGGGGAGCCAAGAGAGGAGCCUCAAUGGCGCAGCUGCUCUCUGCAACGGGGUGUGCAGCCACCGACGGCGAAGACGGCGUUUUCGCCGCCUAAUUCGCGACCUGGUACGAGCCAGUCCUUUUCGCCCCAAUACGUGAACCACACGCCGUUGAUGAAUGGCAGCGAGAUGGUGGUGGCCGGAUGUCCGGCCGUGAUCCUCGAGAAUCCGAACGAGGCGACGGUGGUAAUACGGCGGAAGUUGUCCAGGCCGAAGCUGAGCGAGCCCCUGAACCCUAACGAAGAGCCGUUCGGCAGGUCGACGAACAUGCGGAUGACCUCCUUCACCGAGAACAGCGAUCUCCGCUCCAUGCAGGCCUCGUCGGCCACCCUCCCCCAUUAUCCGACCCAGCCCGUCGUGACCUACCCACACUGUUCGACGAUGCCGCUGCCCCACGCAUCCCACAAUCUCGCCGGUACGAACAACAACAACAGUGGCAGCAGCAACAACAACAACAACAACAACAUGGCAUCGGUCGGGAGUUGCGGCUCGGUUCCUCGGCACACGACUCUUCCCGCUCACUCGUCCAUCCCCGGUCACACCACCCUGCCCUCUCAUCAUAACGGCGUCAGGCUUUUUCACGGUGGGCCGAACCCCUUCGUCAAGAGGUUUCCACCGGUACAGGUUCACUCCCAACCCUGGACACUGCCGGGAGGACAUCACACCUUCCCUCAGCCGCAGAUCGGUAAGCUUUCAGCACCCGCACAGAUUAGACAGAGCGAUCGUGAUUCUGCAAACUUCUCCAUGGCCAGCAGCGGGGACUCCGAUACUUGCCUACCGCAUUAGGCCACGUGUGGAGAGAGAGGAAACAAAUCUAGGUUGAAAUGAUUAAUGAUCGGGGAUUCAUCAAACAAACGAAGAAUAUAAUCUGUAUCAUAUCUGCACUGAAGAGUAUUAUUUUACGAAACGUUGCUCCUGUGUUAACAAAUAAUUAAUCUCCGAAAGUUGCUCCUGUGUUAAAAAAUAAUUAGUCGCCGAAACUGUUGAAUGAAAGUUUGCAAUACAUACGUGGUGUGCGGUUGAUGAUCAUGAGUCCCGAAAAUGAACGUUUGUAAAAACUGUGUCGAGGUACAGCUCUUACUUAUCUGUUGUCAAAACGUUUAUGCUUCAAAGAUUUCACAUAUUUAACCACUAGUUAUGUAUUAAUUCAAUGGAGGGUAAACCUCGGUUGUGAACGUAAAUCAAAUGCCGUUCUAGAAACCCAAAAUCAUAUGCAUAAUGUAUAUAUAUAUAUAUAUAUAUAUGUAUAUUAGGGUGGUCCUUAUUUUGGGUAAGUCGGAAUUUCAAACCUCUCACCCCUUGCGUAUCUCCCAUUUGCCAAAAUAAAAAUGUGUGCAAAGUUUAAGCCCAAUCGGACAACGUUUACCCGUGGCCCAAGAGGGUCAAAGUUUAAUAUUGGAGCCAAAUGGUAAAAACGAGCUUGAAGGCCUUUAUUUAAGUAGACCAGCGAAAAAAAAUCGUAGCAGGCUAUAAUCCACAAGAUUUCUAACUAAAUUCACAACUAAUUGAAUGUACUGAUACC